AGGAGUGUUGCAGCCAACUUGUCCCAGAAGGUGCGUCUGCUAUGUUGGAUCAUGACUGGGCCUAAGAACCUGGAGUCUAGAACUAAACACAUCCGGGCCACCUGGGCCAGCCGAUGCAACAAAAUCCUCUACAUGAGUUCAGUGGAGACAGAAUUCCCCACAGUGGGGCUCAACGUAACCGAGGGACGAGACCAGCUCUACUGGAAGACCAUCAGAGCCUUCCAGUACAUCUACCAACAUCACCGCAAUGACUACGACUGGGUCCUCAAAGCUGAUGAUGACACGUUCGUGGUCAUCGAAAACCUCCACUACACCUUGUCCAAACAGGACCCGGAGAAGCCUGUGUACUUUGGGCGAAGGUUCCGCCCGUUCGUCCAGCAGGGUUACAUGAGCGGUGGAGCCGGCUAUGUCCUCAGUAAAGAAGCCGUCAGAAGGUUCAUCGAGGGAUUCGACAUGGCGAAAUGUACCCACUUUUCCAUCAUAGAAGACAUGGCUCUGGGGAAGUGUAUGGAGACAAUGGGUGUGGAGCCGGGAGACUCCAGAGAUGUGAAGGGAAGGCAGACGUUUCAUCCCUACCCACCAGACAAGUACCUGAUCAAAAAGCCACCCAGAAAACGGCCUUGGUUUCUUUUGUACGACUACUACAAACCCAGAGAGGGCCCAGAAUGUUGUUCAGAUCACACCGUAUCAUUUCACUACAUCUACAAUGUACAGAUGUACAUGCUGGAAUAUCUCACCUAUAAUCUACGGCCCUAUGGAUACCAGUACAGGUACAACCCUGAUUCUGCAGAAACUGAAAGUGAGAGUAACACCACCACACCUGUCUCUGCCUAA